UAAUUCUGCACCUCAAAUCGUCGUCACAGACACGUCACGGCGAUUCCUGCAGGAUGGCCACAAGAAAGCCAAAGGACAAGAGCCUGGGACUCAUGACUGCCGGCGGCAUGGCCGGUGUCGUGGCCAAGACGGCUGUUGCACCGUUUGAACGCGUGAAGAUUGUGUGCCAGACCGGAGACUCUGCCGUGGGAAUGCUCGCAACGGCCCAGCGAAUUGCCCAAACCGAAGGCGUGCUUGGAUAUUGGCGAGGCAAUUUUGCUGCUUGCGUGCGCAUUUUACCCCACAAGGCGGUGCUCUUUGGAUGGACCGAUAUCUACAAGAGUAUGCUGGCGUCGCAGCAGCACGUGGCAAUCGACCGUGCACGCCUGGGCUUCGUCGCGGGAGCGUGUGCAGGUCUCACUGCAUGUAUCCUCACAUACCCACUCGACUUCAUUCGCACGCGCCUGUCGGGUAAAAUUUCGUCACAAGCGCAAUACCGCGGCAUGCUCCACGCUUUCGUCACCAUCGUCCGCGAUGAAGGCGCGUUGGCUCUCUUCAAGGGCAUGGGACCGACCCUGGUUGGAAGCAUUCCUUACGAGGGCAUCAAGUUCGGUUCGUAUGAUCUGUUCCGCGAGUUAUUACCCACUGAAGUGGACCCAAAGACGGAUUUUCUCGGGAAACUCGUGUGUGGUGGUGGCGCCGGCAUGGUCGCCACCGUCCUGACGUACCCAAACGACACGGUUCGGCGACGAAUGCAAAUGCAAGGAAGCGACGGAGCCAAGCGCCUGUACAAACACACCAUUGACUGCUACAUCAAGCUGUACCAAGUUGAAGGUCUGCGGAGCUACUACCGUGGCCUUACGCCCACCCUCGUACGAGCUAUGCCCAACAUGGGAAUCCAAUUCGCCUGCUACGAAGUCUUUCGCAGCUGGGUUCCAGCAUAAUAAUGUAAAUCUUGCAACCAGCGCGUGUUCAUGUGCCACGCGAGUGGGCGGGACUGGUGAAGU